GUAGGGCGGAAAUUCGGGGCAAAAUUCCAACUUCCAUCCAACUGUUGCGCAAAACACGAUGCGCAUCUCCGGUGGCGACUCGGAGGCGUGGCGCCCACCAAAGACCUGCUGCUGCUGCUGCUGCUGCUGCCGGAAGCGAUAACGUUGUCAUCGUUCGUAAUCAAACACGUACCAACAUUCGCCCCGACUGACUGAGUUUUGACCUGAUUAAACCCGUCGUCUGCUCGCCGUCGCUGACAAAGGGCCGUCUCCUCGUCAUCUCGCCACAAUGGACGUUUCCGCAUUUUCCGAUGACAACUUCGACGUUAAAGACUGGAUCAAUAAGACAUUCAAGUCCGCCGAGGCUCAGGAAAACAAAGAUGCUUUCGUUUCGUCGCUUGUCAUGAAGCUGCAGUUGUACGUCCAGCAGGUCAAUGGCGCUUUGGAGGAAACUAGUCAGUCCGUUUUGUCGGGAUUGCCACGCGUCUUGCGAGAUACGCAAGUGUUGCAGCAAGAAGCUUUACUUCUUAGGGAAAAAAUGGUCGCUGUGAAACAGGAGAUUGCCAAAGUAGAAAACAACACCGGAUUGUCCAUGGUGACUUUGGAAAGGAUAGAUAGAAUUAAAACGGAUUUACAAACGGCAAAACAAGGCUUACACGAGGCCGACAAUUGGACGGUACUGGCGACUGAUGUGGAGGAGGUGUUUGAAUUGGGAGACGUCGAAAAGAUUGCCAACAAAUUAUUCAGUAUGCAAAAGUCUCUAACAAUGCUAGCUAAUGUACUAGACUAUGAGGAUAAAAAGUUGCAACUAGAGGGACUAAAAAAUCGACUCGAAGCUAUGGCUAGCCCCAAAUUAGUUCAAGCGUUUACAGCUUCAAGUUUGGAGCAAUCAAGGAUGUAUGUCAACAUUUUUAAUAAAAUGGAUAGAUUACCUCAGCUUUUAAAAUACUAUCACAACUGUCUGAAAGUAUCUUUGGGCCAAGAAUGGAGAAAAACAAUUGAGGAACAACUGGAGCAAGAAGAAACUGUUGUCUGUUGGCUAAGAAUUUAUUACGACAAAUUAUUAUCCACUUGGCUAACUCAGGUCAAGUGGUGCAAUCAGGUUUUUCCAAAUUCGUCAAUUGACACCCUUGUCGAUGUCUAUGCCGACUUAUUACGCAGUCUGUCUCCAAACUUUAUAGAAUGCAUCGAAGCGGCUUUGAAGCAAGAAUCUAGUGAUAUUCAUUUGGCCACUUUAAUUCUUCUCAAAGAAAACGCUCGAGAGUUUGCUGUAAAUUUGAACGGUGCUAUCGAGGCCUCGUCACAAGGAAAAGUUUUGAAUCAAGACUCGUUGUUUUUAUUGGCCGAAGCAAUCUUUGCACCCUAUGUUUCAUACAUUCGUAAAUACAGUGUUUACGAAACAGCAAAAUUGUCUCAUGAAAUUCAAGCAUUAGACUGUAUUCACGAUGAUCUGAGCGAUACGAUUAAUUCACUCUCGCUUAGUAUAUCACGAGCAAUCGACAAUGCAAACAGCGCCAAUGGAAGGUGUAAGAUUUUCACCGCUGGCUGUGGAUAUCCCGGAUUAUUAAAUGCACUUGAUGCAUACUUCAGUCAGUAUUUGGACACCUAUAAGAUUGGCAUUCGACAAUUGGAAAGGAGAAAGAUCAAGCAAGAAGAUUGGAAUUUGUUUCAAAUGUGUUUGACACUGUUGCAGAGUAUCGGUGAACUUUUAGGGCAUAUUGAACAGUUUGAGAAAGUGUUGGUGGCAGAUAUUCUAGAUGCGAAUACCAAGUUGCAGAACACUAAUACCAGUGUUUUUACUCGGUACAAAGAAUUGUUACUAGAUGCAGCUGGACGAAAAGAAUUCGAUAAUCUAAUAACAUCGUUUCAAAAAGAGGAGAAAACUAUCUUGGAUUCGAUAACGCAAUUGAUCCACAAGCUUUGCUCCGAUUUACACAACACGACCUACGAAGUGAUUUUCGCACCGAUUUUCACGCAAUUAUUGUUCGUUCAAAAAGCACCCGCAUGGUCAUCGGAAGCAAAUAAAAUGGCAAAUUUAAGUUCAGAUUUACCAGACUACAGUUUUGCACCCCAAGAAUACAUAACACAGGUCGGACAAUAUCUUAUGACCUUACCUCAACACUUGGAGCCUUUUUUGCUGAGAGACAAUCCAAGUUUGACACAAGCCCUCAGAGCUGCCGAUCCCCAAUACGCUCAAGGAUCGAGUGAGUCGGGAUUCACGGACAUUCUUUUGGGUAUAGUAGCCAAAGGAACCUGCACCAUGUUCCAGGAUCAAACGCUGGGUAUCUGCGAGCUUAACGCAGGUGCCUGUAAGCAAUUAGCCACAGAUAUAGAUUAUCUAGGAAACAUUUUGGAGGAAUUGGGCCUUUCGUUGACCGAGCAGUUACAACAGAUGUCUACUUUGCUAAGACUCAGCCCCGAGGAUUAUCAGAGCGGUAGUUCUGGUUGUAACGCAAGGGUUGUCGCUGCCAUUAGACAAAUGCGAAAUAUAACUUCGUCGGGUUGAGCUUGGAUAUAUCUCAGAAAAUGUCAAUUGUGAAUAAAAGCAAACAACACGACAGCGUCGAUGAUGGACUGAAUUUCAAUACUAAUGUCGAUUAUUGUCGACAUGUGGCAACGCAUAUAUUUUGUAAAUAGAGCAUUUUAAUACAGAA